GGGAUCUUUUGUGUGGAUGGCUGAGUAAGUGCAUGGCUGACAUCACUGAGUCUAGUAUUGGAUUACAGCAGACAUGGGAACCACCCACUGCAGCCCCAGUAUCCAGCAGUAUGAGGCUGACUGCCUGGACGCUGCCACCCUGGGCUCUUCCCUACUGAUCCAUCCAAGUUCACACUGCCUGGGGGAGAUCCAGCUCUCUAGCUCAUGAAUAUGAUAUGAGAGCGACGUUAUGGAUGUGGAGUCUACAUACUCUGAAUUCAUAACCUGCGACCGAGCCGGAAGGCGGAAUGCGGUACCGGACAUCAAAGAGGAAAGUAGCACUCCGGGGGUGAGGGAACUGUCAGAAAACAUGGGAGACCUGUCCAUCCAAGGAGCAGAAGGACAAGCAGAAGCAGCGGCCUCCAACAGCGGACAAGAACAGACCCCAGAAGCACAAGAUGGCAGCACGCCGUCGUGAAUCGCGUAUAUGUCUUGCAGACAUCAAUGCUGACUGACUUUUUUUUUUUUUUUGUACAAAACUAAGGAACUAUAAGACUGUUCACACAGAGCUUCUGAACGAAGCUGGAAAAAAAAAAAAAAUAAUUCCAGCAAUGAUUACAUGGUGGAGAACGGAAUCACGAUGCAGGACUCCACACGCCUGGUGGCGGCACAUGGUCAUAGCAUAUUCUCAAACUCCACUUGACCUAAACUUGCCUUAGCAGAUUAUAAUUUUUUUCCUUUCUAGAAGAAUCAUAUGCAAUAUUUCAUUGGGAUGAGGUUUUAUGGAUGGUACUGCCCACUCCCCCUAAGGGAUUAUUUAUUGUCCAUAGAGAAGCAUUCAGGAGACAUGGGUCAUAUAGGACCGGAGACCAACGUACAUAUAAAGCACUGCCUUAUAACCUCCGAGUGGACCAAACCAUCUCCGUUCUGAAGCCGGGCGUCCAUGGCGGCUCAUGUAUCCUCCAGACUGCCAUCUUUUUUUUUUUUUUUUUUUUUCUAGUCCACGUUUUUAAGUGCUAUAUCUUUGAUUGACCUAAAAUUCCACAUAGAUCGGGUAUUUAGUUUGCACAGGAAAACAAAAUGGUGUGUAUUUUUUAAACUUUUUUUUUUUUCUGUUAGAAAAACAAAAUGAUUUGCCUCCCCCAAAUAUGAUUUUGUGUGAAUGAAAAAUCUAAUAAACACCAUUAA